AUGUCCGAGUACGCAUUCAGAAAGAUCAACAUCGACGCUCUUGAAGAGGACGUCCUCCUCCCCUCCGACCUCUACGACCCAGACCCCCGGGGUCCUGACGGCGUGUUAGCUGAUGCCCAGAGCAGGAGCGGGGAGGUCAGGAGUCUAGUAUCAAGGGGCGAUAUUGCAGGAGCUUUGGGGACAAUCUUGACUGAUCCUCCAUACGGCGAAGGCGUGGACGAAGCCAAAGCUCUGACAACAAAUUCCCUUCUCCUGAUAUUCAACUCCACUCGCUCGACAGACAUUCCCGCACUCGUGAAAGGUCUCGACCACGUUCAGCAAGACCGCUUGAUGGCGUACCUCUACAAGGGGAUGGCCGCGCUUGGGCAGGGGAGCGGGGAUACUAGUGGUAGUGUGCUGCUGACUUGGCAUGAGAAGCUCACCGAAGCUGCCGGUGUUGGGUGUAUCGUGCGGGUCAUGACUGACCGGAAAACGUUGUAA